AGACGCUGUGGUACGUGCAUUGACCAGGGCACAUCACCAGGCUGGGUAGAGGAAACCGACUCUAGAUGCUGCGUUGAAUUGGAUUACAGGCACCUUGUGUCAGUUUAAUUGACACCCGCAAACGGUGCUGUGGAUGCUAUUCUGAUGGGUUGUGGUGGAAGUCGGGCGGACACUAUAAUCGAACCGAGAUAUCAUGAAAGCUGGACCCGAGAAACGGAAUCUACGUGGCUUACCAACACCGACAUAGAAACCCCUGUCCCCGGAGUCAACAGUAAGAAUUGUUGUAGCGCUGAAGAAAUGUCUAGUCGAAUGGUAGUAGAGAAUGCAAAAUACGCAGGUAAGGGGACGGAGGGCAGUCACAAGGAAAAGAGGAUGGUAAAUACAGCUACCCAGUGUGGAAAGCUACCCCUCACCAGCACUGGGCCCAUCCACCAGAGGAGAUCACGCUGCCCCCCCCAUGAACAAAUGAGCACGGACUCGAGAAUGAGAGCAUCUAACGAAACAAGUGGUGCACCCCCAAAGGACGUCCAGCCUGUGAACGAUGGUAGCAGGAAAAAUAUCACAGCAGCCCAGAGCUGUGAUGGAAGGUGAAAACAACGAGGCCCUUUGGAGAAGAAUAUGACCAACGCCAUGAACGGUUUGAAAAAGGAUGGGCCAACAAGCUGCUCCUUAGUGUGUGCUUAUGACUCCAGAUCCACUUCAUUACUGCACUCUGCCUUACAGAGAUAAAUAUCAGAUAUGUCAAAUGUCAAUUGUCUCUAUUCAAGCAGCUCAUGGAUGCUGUUUGGUGCACUGUGUGUUAAUGCAUGGACAAACUAUGGAAGAAACGUGGUAAGCUUGUACUCUGAAUUCAUUUUUGUAUAAAAAUACAUAAGCUCAACCUGAAGUGCUGUGCCAGAUAUCGGUGUCUUGAAGUUUCACAUUUGAGGACUAAGACCAUUUUUUCAGGGGGCUUUGCAAGGACAAGUUAUGAACACGCAUGUGCCUAUACAGUGUUGGUUAGACACUUAAUGUUGGGCUUUGAUCUAUAGGUUUUUGUUAUCAAGCUCAAGUAAAAACAAUGUAUUUUAGAUUUUGAGAAAAUAAGUUGUCAUUCUCCAUUAGUUACUUGUGUUUACAUUGUUGCAUGUAUACGUUGUAACCAUCUGCUUCAUUUGUUGAAGAUAUUAAAAAAAAAAUUUUUUAUCCAAUAUGUAUAAUUUCUCAUUUUAAAGUAUGAUGGAUGCAUAAGGCAGACUUAUGUCAACUAAACCCCAAUCUAAUCCAGGGUAGUAUUCUUUAUGGAAAGACUUUAGAAAGUACCUAUCGAUAGUAAAUUUUCUUACUGCACUA